AUGAUGUUCCUUCUGAUGUUCUUGGUGCCUAAAGUAGUCACAGUGAAGUGCCCAGAAGGUGAACCCUUCCUUGUCCCACAUGAGUGGUACCAGCCUGGUGACCUUCUUGUUGGUGGGAUGGUGUCUCACAUUCUUUACCACGGUUAUGAAAUUCAAUUUAAGGAAUAUCCUUCCCUAAAAUCUUAUGACUUACCAGUUGUAAUAACCAAAUUCUACCAGCACGUCCUUGCCUUGGCCUUUGCUGUGAAGGAGAUCAAUGAGGACUCCCAGAUCUUACCCAACAUCACUCUUGGGUUCCACAUCUAUGACAGUUACUACAACCCAAGGAUGACCUAUCGCACCACUCUGGACCUGCUUUUCAAGUCCAAGGAAUUUGUCCCAAACUACAAAUGUGACAGCCAGAAAAAUCUCAUGGCCAUCAUUGGGGCACCUGGUUCUGAUACUUCCUCAUAUAUGGCAGAAAGUAUAAGUGUCUACAAGAUUCCACAGUUGACCUAUGGCUCUUUUGCCCAGGAAGACUUUCAGACACCGAAGUUAUCUUUACUUUACUACAUGGUCCCAAAUGAGGACCUUCAGUACAUUGGAGUUAUACGACUUCUUCUCCAUUUUGGAUGGACGUGGGUUGGAGUCUUUGUUUCUGAUACAAAUAAUGGUGAACAUUUCUUGCAGAAACUGCAGCCAUUGCUUUCCCAGAAUGGCAUCUGUUUAGCUUUCACCCAGAAAAUUCCACAAGUAGCCCACUUUGAAGACAUGUCAGAAGUGCUUGAUGCAAUCUCAAUUAUUUCUGAUAAAUUAAUAGAUCAGAAAUCAAAUGCUUUUCUCGUCUAUGGAGAAUCUUUCACAAUUGUGUGGCUCAGAACGGUCGUCUUUCUACGUGAUCCUGAAAGUAAAGAGAGUGCAUCCUUCAGAAAGGUUUGGGUCCUGAUGAGCCCAACUGAUUUUAUAAUGACAGGGUUUCAAAGAGGAUGGGAGCUCCAGUUGUUCCAUGGGGCUCUUUCCUUUACAGUUCAUUCAAGAGAAGUUCCAGGGUUCAAAGAAUUUCUUCAAGCCAUCAAACCUUCAACCCACAAAGAUGGGUUUCUUCAAGACGUUUGGGAACAAUUGUUUGACUGUUCUUUUUCAAGUGCAGAAUUACCCUCAAAGAUCAGUGAAGCUUGUAGUGGGCAAGAGAAUUUGGAGAAUCUGCCCGGGCCUCUCUUUGAGUUUCAGAUGACUGGUGAAAGCUACAGUAUUUACAAUGCUGUUUAUGCAGUGGCCCAUGCUUUGCAGGAGAUGCUCCACAAGUUCCUUCAAGGCAUUUCUUUUAACAACUCAGCUGGAGAAAGAGUCUUCUUUAAAGACAAAAGGGAAGGUCAAGGUGGUUUUGACAUCCUCAACAUCAUCACUUUUCCUAACAGAUCCUUCCAGAGAGUUAGAGUUGGCAAAUUACACCCCAAUGCUCCGAAAGGAAAAGAAAUCUCCCUUGGGGAGAACAGCAUCCUUUGGCACCCAGGUUUUAACCAGGUCCUUCCUGUUUCCCUGUGCAAUGACCACUGUUCCCCUGGAUUUUGGAAGAGAAGGGCUGAAGGGAGACCCUUCUGCUGCUAUGACUGUGUUCCAUGUCCAGAAGAAAAGAUUUCCAAUCAAAUUAAUACCGAUGACUGUUUCAGAUGUCCAGAUGAUCACUAUGCAAACCAAGAAAAAAAUGAGUGUCUGCCCAAAUCUUUGGUCUUUCUGUUUUAUGAGGAACCUCUAGCAAUUGGUUUAGUCACAAGUGCUAUUUCUCUCUUCCUCAUGACAACCUGGGUCCUUGGGACUUUCGUUAAGCACAGGGAUACUCCCAUUGUUAAAGCCAACAACCGGGCCCUCACCUACACCCUCCUUGUCUCUCUCCUCCUCUGUUUUCUCUCCUCUUUCUUCUUCCUCAGCCCACCUGGCAAGGUGACCUGCCUUCUCCGACAAUCCACUUUUGGCAUCAGCUUCUCAGUGGCCAUUUCGAGUGUCUUGGCUAAAACGAUCACGGUGGCUCUUGCUUUCAUGGCCACCAAACCAGGAUCUCAGAUCAGGAAAUGGGUUGGGAAAGGAUUGGCCUUUUCUAUUGUCCUGUCCUGUUCUCUCUUCCAGGUAUGUAUUUGUGUUCUUUGGUUGUCAACAUCUCCCCCAUUCCCUGAGUUGGACAUGCACUCAGAAUCCAAAGAAAUCAUUUUACAUUGCAAUGAGGGCUCAGCCUCCUUCUUCUACUGCAUCUUGGGCUACAUGGGUCUCUUGGCCAUGGCCAGCUUCACUGUGGCUUUUCUUGCCCGUAAAUUACCUGACAGCUUCAAUGAAGCCAAAUUCAUCACCUUCAGCAUGCUGGCCUUCUGCAGUGUGUGGGUCUCCUUUUUUCCAGCCUAUCUGAGCACAAAAGGAAAAGCCAUGGUAGCUGUUGAGGUCUUCUCCAUCUUGUCUUCUGGUGCUGGGUUACUGUGCUGUAUUUUUCCCCCCAAAUGCUACAUCAUUGUUUUCAGGCCUGAUGAGAACAGUCCCAAC